AUGGCUGAUAUACACGGCAUUUAUUUUUGGGACUUGAGCUCGCCGUGUGAGGUGGGAGCGAUUGAUGUGUUGAGUCGUACAAUGUAUACACGCGAGGAUGCCAAGGGAUCUGCGGACUCUUUGAGACUGGAAGAGAAUGUCGAUGAUAAAAAGUCAAAUGGAGGGAUGCAAGAUCUCAGAGCUCAGGCUCACAUGAUGAGCCUCGUUGUCCUGGUUCUAUAUCACGCUUUGAAAUGCAUUCAUCGCGUUCAUCAAGUGGCUGCUCUCGUCUACCAGUUGUGGUCAAAAUGUUCCAAAGCCUUAAUCCUCAGCCCGAGCAUGAGUCCCAAGGACUUCAGCAACAGUUUCAGCAAGCAUACAGCGACACGCAGCAAGUACUUUUCUGCGUUGUUGUCUGCGUUGUUGUCUGCCUUGUAG